AUGAUCGAACUCAGUAUAGCUGGAUCCCCAGGUCACAUCGCAAAACUCGUUGGGAUGCCGAAUUAUUCUCGCCACGUCGGGCAAGCGCUAAAAUUCGUUUCCCCUGAUGUGAACCCACCCAUUCCUUGGUACCGCGUCCUCGCAGCGUCGGGGACCAUCUCUUCUCGCGGGCCCGGAACGGAUGGUGCAAACCGACAACGACAAGAGCUCGAGGCGGAAGGUAUCGAAGUGACCGCUGGACGCACUGGUGAGAUGCGAGUAGACCUGCGUCGAUAUGGCUGGUUUCCCGCCAUUGGAACCGUGGAUACUGGCGAAGCUGCGCGAGAGAACGAAGAUGAGCAUCACGAUGGCACGAAUGCCGAUGCGAUUCAGCAAAAUUGA